AUGGUUGAGGAUGCAACGUGUUGGAUAUGCCUUGGUUCGGGUGAUGAAUCUCCACCUCUGGGAACGGCUGAAGAUGCACAUGAUUGGGUGCAUCCUUGUCGAUGUUCUCUCAAGGCACAUAGAAGAUGUCUCCUUGAAUGGGUUGCAAACACAAAUUUGGAGUACAAAAACGAAGUUUUAAAUGAACUCAACACCAAUGGACUGAAUAUUGGUUUUGAAUCGGUCAAUAUUUUAGACUCGUAUUCGUCACUUCAUCGAGCAUCAACUGCAUUUCAUCCGUUUUCUUGGUUGAACUUCAGAGCACAAGAUCGUCCACGAAAUGAAUGGACAGGUUUUGAUCCCAGUAGCAUAAGAAGGGCAUUUCCUUCCGGAGAGGAAGAGGAAGUUAUAAUGAGGGUCACAAAUGCGAUGUCUGCCGGUGCUCGAGAGCGUAAGAUCGAUUCAAACGGACAUUCACGGAAAUUUGUCAUUAAUACUGUAUGCCCUCAGUGCAACGCACCUAUAUUACUAAAAACAAACAGGGGAAUUAUGCUUCUGCUGUCUUCUACAUGUUCGAGAUUUAUUGAUUGGGCUGUGAAGGGUAUAACGAAGGCUACGCUGGUUGGAACUGUGGGAGGUUCUAUCUUGUUCAGUUGUGCCGGAUUAUUUCUUUCGUGGGGAUUAAAGGUUUUAACGACAUUAGCACCUGAAAGCACUCUUCUAAAGUUACUUGACUUGAGUAACUGCUCGAGUAUAAAUCAUGCGUUCCACGGGGAUUCCAUUGGUUUUCGGCAAGUAUUACUUCUUUCUUCCACUCCUAUUUAUUUACUGAGCUUACGAUUCGAUAACACCUUUACUAGUUGGGUUAGAUGGAUAUACCCUCUAGCAUUCUUGAGGCCCAAAGAAAAUUUAAACACAAGUGUGAAAAGGUUCAUGCUAUUUCAGUAUCCUCUAGGUUUGUUGCAUGAGAUUCUUUUUAAGCUUCUUCUCAACCCUAUUUAUUUCAGAUGGGUACACCGUGUCAAACCUUACUUUGUUUGUGAUCAAAUGACGAUCGACCAGCUGAGAAUAUUUGAAGCAGAGCAAAGCUACAUUGAAACGAGGAAGGAGCUCAGUUUAUCGAAUAAUAAUAGCGAGAGCAUUAUGUCCAAAAUCAAAUCGCUUUUCUUCUCAAAAGGUGAUGAUCAUAUCAAUGAGAGUAUUCAUACACGUAGAUUGCUUAUGACAUUGAAAUUUGAUUAUUCACAAGCUUUACUUGAGACGUCAAUGUGGGAAAAAGUUGCCUCAACCGUCUACUGGCCAUUAUCGGGCAAAUAUUUCAAUCACUUCGUAUUAAUGAGAUUUUCGGCAUUUCAAGAACUAUUGAGUCAGCAUGCCUCUACUUCUGAUGACGUUAUCUAUUUAGGUAAUUUACUGGGGUGCUGCGUUACAGUGGUAUUAAAAGACCUUAUCAACCUUCUCAUCACCUGGAGAAGGGUGAGGCAGCUUGAAAGCUUGGAAGUAUUGGAAUACAUGUCACCAGAAUGGGAAUAUAUAAUUAACUCAAAAAUGGGUCAAGUUCUGAAUGGGCUGAGCUCGUUAGGUGAGGAUGACCAAUCGGAAAUAAUUCUAGAAGAGCAUGCGGAACGACUACUGGGGAGGGUCUAUCACGAUCAAUGGAUAAAAAUAAGCUACAGCAUUCCUACAGUUCAUGGCAGAGUCAAUUAUCUUCGAUAUUUGGUUAUGAAACAAAAUAUCGAACGGUCUCUAGAAUAUCAGAAAGGUCAGCAAAAGUAA